AUGUAUUCGUCCAGUUUCAAUGCUUACCAGGGAUUUCCUGGCUAUGGCAAGAGCAGGGGAAAAGGCAUAAAGGGCCGGCCUACUCUUGCCUACGAGCCUGGCCCUCGGCUUGUUUUAGAUCUUGGUGAGGGAGCGAAUCAGUGGAAAGACGAAAGGAUUCGUCAGGUGCCUGCCACGAUGAUCGCACUUUGUGGCUUUGAUUGCAUUGCCAAAGCCUGUUCGUGA